CAGGCUGGCCAUGUGUGGGGGACCCUGCCGCAUCCCGGGUCCCUCCUGCUGGCUGCUCGGUGCCUGUGCCCAUGGCCCUGGCUGUGGCACACAUCUGAGGGGACAGUGGGGUGGACAUUGCAGCCUUGUGACAGGAGAUGAUGUGGGUUUUGAGAAACAAAGGGGAUUUGAUUGCAUGAAGGAACUGGGCUGGUUGUGGCCCCUUUCCUUCCGCUUUGCGGGGUGAGAGCCCAGCACCCCGCUAAGCUAAGCCCAGUCCAGCUGAGUCCAACAGAGCUGAAUGCAGCUGAGCAAAGCCCAGCCAUCAGGGAGCAGAACGUGGAAUAUCCAUGGCUCCAGUGACACAGGAACUGCCUCUCAUGUGCCUGAUGCUGCUCCUUCUCUGCAGAGACCUGGGUGUGAGUGCCCAGGAGGAUCAGGGCUUCAGUCUGCAGCAGCCCCAGGACAAGGUGAUGGUGACAGCGGGGGAGACGCUCACCCUGAACUGCACCACGUCUGGAAUCACUGGACCGGGUCCUGUGAAGUGGCUGAAGGGCUGGGGCAGUGGGAGCAAGACCAUCUAUGACCAGAAAGGGUUCUCCUUACCCAGUGUGACAAGAGCAGUGGUUGAGACCAACACAGACUUCACCAUCCACAUCAGGAACGUUCAGCCUGAGGACAUGGGCAGCUACUACUGUGUGAAGUAUGUCAAGACAGACACUGGUGUGGAUGAGGUGUCUCAGCGUGGCAGGGGCACUGAGGUGUCUGUGCAAGCCAAACCCAGCCCCCCGCUCGUGUCUGGGCCCAGGCAGAGAGCGAGGCCAGGGCAGUCGGUGCCUUUUGUCUGCACGACUGGAGGGUUCUUUCCCGAAAAGAUUGGGGUGAAAUGGUUCAAGAACAAGGACCCCAUGGUGGCUCAGAUGCCCCAGGUCACCGAAUGGAGGAUGAAAACCUACAACAUGUCCAGCACAGUGAUGGUGACCCUGCAGAAGGAUGAUGUCCGCUCGCAGCUCACNGGUGCGGGGCGGCCCGGCGGGGUUUGGGCGCUGCACCGCGGCAAG